UCCUGCUCACUGGCAACGUUACAAAGGAGGCUAGGGACAGCAACCUCUCUGGUCUGCAUUGGUGGGGAUUCCUUCAGACAUCUGAGCAGCCUGUUGGGGAGCCAGCCAAUCCCCGGCUUUGUGGGGUGGGGAGGUUGAGUCCGAGGGAGGUGCAGCCUACCAGCUGGAUCCAAUUAGAGCUCUUACCAAAGGCCAAACACACAAACCACCUCCCAGCUCUGGCUGCCUGUGCUUCCUCCAGGGGAAAGUGAGGCAAGGUCUCAUCCAACUACAGCUGCCCGUGGACGGAGUCGGGGUUUUUGAAAUUCACUCUUUUUCUGGAUGGCAGGCAGUGGAACUCCGCACCACCUCAGAGACUGCGACCCCGGCGGAGGGGCUCUAUGUCUUUGCUCCCUUCCGCCCCAGGCUGUGUCUUGCCUCCUUCCCACCCUUUUAGUCCCCCGCACCUACCUUCCCCAGGCGAGCAGGUGGAGGAGCUUGGGCCUGCCCAGGAGGGCAGGAGCAUCCCCGCCAGCUCCUGCGUGGUGCGCCGCGGCAAGCCCUCCCUCGGGGAAAGAGGGCAGGGAGAAGUGCGCUGCCGUUGCCCUCGUGACUGGUCAGGACGCUGGGCCAGGCUGGGCGCCCAACGAGGAAGAGGGAGACCCAGGGGGCGAGCUGGGAGGCCAGACUCUGAGAGGAGUGCGGCGGGAGGAGUUUGGGGCUUGGAUUUGGAUUGUGGCUGUGCUGAGGUGGAGUGGAGGUUCUGGCUACUCCCUCCGUCACUCCCGCGAGUGCCCUCUGUCCGGGCGGCGCGCCGCGGGGACGAUGUGGCCCCUUGCCCAAGGGGCCGGGCCGUCCAGGAGGCGGCUCCGGGAUGGGCCACUGAGGGUCCCUGGGGAGCCCUCUGGGUUUCCCAGAUCCCUUCCCCGGCCCCCACCACAAAACUGGCGUCGGAAGGGGGCGGGCGAGCUGGCGGGGGCCACUCAGAGUUUCCAGCGACAUUUCCAGGGUGUGGGAAGCGAGCUGCUUAGCAGAGCUAGGACAGAGGGCAGGAGUGAUUAA